AUGCCGCCGACGCCCUUUGCGCCGUCGCACACGACGCCCUUCAAGUCCACGCUCAGCACCGCCAUGCACGGCCGCCGUGCCGCGCCGCCGCCCGCCGCGUCGGCCAGCUGGCCGCCCUCCGCCGCGUCGCUCCUCGGCGCCCUCGAUGCGCGCCACUGGCGCUUCCUCGCCGAGGGCGGCGCCAACCUGCUCGUCGCCUACGACGGGCCCGCGCCGUCGCCCUGGCGCGGCCCGCACGGCCAGCGCCUGGCACUGCGCCUCACGAAGCGCAGCCGCGCACUGCACGGCGCCUCGGGCUCCACGACGCACGCGCCCGUCGAUGCGACGGCCUGGCGCGAGCAGGUCGUCGCGCCGCUGCUGGGCGAGGACGUGGCGAGUGCGCUGCCGGCGACAGUCUGCUUGCCACUGGCGUUGCCCGCGGCUCAGGCUUUCGUCGAGCAGCUGGCGGCGCGCAUCGAGAUGCACCGCCCGGCCGCGCGGCGCCGGCAGGACGGCAUCGACACGCACGCCGCACAGCUGUGGGCCGUCGAGGACCUCAGUGCGCCCGAUGCGCAGGGCCGCGACGUGCUGCUGAUGGAGAUCAAGCCCAAGUGGGGCUUCCUGCCCGCGGCGACGCACCUCGACGGCACGAGUGCGCCGCACAAGCGCAGCACGUCGCGCUACCGCAUGCACCGCGUGCUCAAGGCACAGCAGGCCGGCGUGACUGUCGGCCGCGAGCAGUGGGAGCAGACGUACGACCCGCUGCAGCUGUAUGCCGACGAUGAGUGCAGCAGGGAGCAGGCGGUGCAGGCGCUCACACGCGAGUGGAGGUGGGGCGAGUGGCCGGCGGACGGGGCCAGGGGCAAGAAGAGCAACAACCUCAAGCUGUUCCUCAAGGGCAAGGAGGUCGACACGGCAGAUACACAGGAGCUCGAGUCGUGGCGUGGCCAUCUCUCGUCAACCGCCUCUGUCGAUCUGGACAGCCUCGAAUCGCUCACCGGCGCCAUGCUCUCUGUUCUGCGGCCGGCUCUCUCCUCCGACAGCCAGCUGGCUACGGCGCUGCAGCGUCUGGCGCAGCUGCAGCGCCGCCUCGACGCUCUCGACGUCGAAGGCCUGGCGGCGCGCUGGCGCAGCGAGACGGGCUGUGCCUUUGGCUCCUGCUCCGGCGCCGACGGCACCACAAGCGAAGAGGCGAGCGUCUUGCUUGCGCCGCCCACGCUCGAGGAGUAUGCAGCGGUGGUGCAGCUCUUCCUGGCGCACGAACAGCGCCUCGGCCGCGACUCCGACGAGCAGGCGGUGCGCCAGACGCAGGCGCAGCUUGCGGCGUGCCCGCUGCGCCAGGCCACGCUCGCCUUUCUGCUCAGCGCCACGUUCAAGGACUGCAGCAUCAUGCUGCGCUGCCUGCCUGGGCAGGAGACGGACACAGCGUGGCGCCUCGAGGUGCGCCUCAUCGACCUCGACCCGAAGCCGCUGGCGAGGCUGGCGCACUACGAGGCGCUGGACCGCGAGAUAGUCGAGUGCUUCGCCACGUGGUGCGAGGCGCAGAAAUGAAGGUGUUGCGCGUAGCGGUGCGCUCGAUGCUCUGGAGAGAAAGAGGUGGCUGCGUGGUUGCGCUAGCUCUAGACGGCUAGACGAGUGCGGGGAAGGGGUCCGCUGCUUAGUCAGCAUGGCGCCCGGCGUGGCUUGGCUUGGCGCGCCCCGGCAGGCCUCGCCUCCACCUCGGCACGCGGCCGGCCGCCGCUGCCGCUUGCCUUCACGCUCCCACACCCGAUGUACCUGCACACGCUGCCCACGACGGGCGCCCUCUCCUU